GACCGAGCCUCCAAGAAGCAACCAACGAGGUUCAAAAAUACCUAUCAGUCCGGUUUCCUGUCCGUCCUCUACUCGAUUGGCUCGAAGCCACUGCAGAUCUGGGACAAGAAGGUGCGCAAUGGCCACAUCAAGCGGCUCACAGAUUCCGACAUCCAGUCCAGCGUCCUGGAGAUCAUGGGCACGAAUGUGAGCACGACUUACAUCACCUGCCCCGCGGAUCCCUCGAAGACUUUGGGCAUCAAGCUCCCCUUCCUG